GGCCGCUUUCAGAUGAAUUACUUUUGCUCCUGGGGCUUGUGAUUCUGCAGGGGAAAGGUAGAUUAAUGGUUAGAUCUGCAAAAAUACACAUCUGUCGUGCAAUGCGGAAUGUUGCGGUAAAGAGGAAAUAGAUUCUAAGCAUCAUUCUUCUGGAAACGAAGCAACGUGCCGCUAGCCGUCAUGUCCAAACCUCCUAACAAAAAGUUGAACAAACUGAAUUUGACUAUAGCCCCAUCCACUACAGUCCCUGAUCCAGUAUUACCUAACGAUGCUGCCGGCAUCGGCUCGCAAAAAGUGGAGGAGAUACGAAAGAAAUUCGACGAACUGAACUUGGAUUCCUUACAGCGCGAGAGGCUGGAGGCGUUUCUAGCUGAAAAGAGGAAAAUUGGAGAAUUGAACGCAGAGGAUUUUGAGAAAUUGGCUGAAUUAGGCGCAGGAAAUGGUGGCGUCGUUACAAAGGUUUUGCACAAGCCGAGCGGUCUGAUAAUGGCUCGAAAGCUAAUUCACUUGGAAAUCAAACCAGCUAUAAGGAACCAGAUCAUCAGAGAACUCAAGGUUUUACACGAUUGCAACUCCCCCUACAUCGUUGGAUUUUAUGGGGCCUUUUACAGUGAUGGAGAAAUCUCUAUUUGUAUGGAACACAUGGAUGGUGGUUCCCUGGAUCAAAUAUUGAAAAAGGCUGAUCUAGUACCUGAGGAUAUUUUGGGAGUUAUCACAAUUGCUGUUUUAAAAGGCUUAAGCUACCUUAGAGAAAACCACAGUAUUAUACACAGAGAUGUGAAGCCCUCAAAUAUUUUAGUAAACUCCCGUGGUGAAAUCAAGCUCUGUGACUUUGGAGUUAGUGGACAGUUAAUUGACUCAAUGGCAAAUUCUUUUGUUGGUACACGAUCUUACAUGUCGCCUGAAAGACUUCAAGGAGCUAACUACACAGUUCAAUCUGACAUUUGGAGUUUUGGAUUAUCAUUGAUUGAGAUGGCAAUUGGAAGGUAUCCAAUUCCACCACCUGAAGAAAACCAAAAAAGCACAAGUCCAUCACAUCUAAAGAGAAUACCUCCAGGAACAAGGCCACCUAGUGGUGUGAGCAAUGAUGCAAGGCCAAUGGCGAUAUUUGAAUUACUGGACUAUAUUGUGAAUGAGCCUCCUCCCCAGCUACCACCAGAGCAAUUUUCAGAAGAGUUUUGUGAGUUUGUCAACAAAUGUCUUGUUAAGAAUCCUUCAGAAAGAGCUAACCUCAAAGUGUUAAUGGAUCAUGUCUUCAUCAAGAUAUCUGAGUCAAAAAAGGUGGAUUUUGCUGGCUGGGUUUGUUCAGUUGCUGGUCUAUAGCGAGUGACUGGUUGCAAUGCUUACUGAUGAAAAUGAAAUGAAUUGGAGUAUUGGCACAGAACAAGCUUAGUACUCUUAUUUAACUUGCAUCAAGAAAAUGACGGAAUACAUGAAAAGGUCUUAUAUGCAUUGGAAUCUAUUAAUUGUGGUGUGUAUUGGAUUCAGAGCAGC